UCCCACUGCUCGACGUCUUCGCUGUUAUUUACCUACAACCUGCAAUAAUCCAUCCCAAACACUACUAAUUUUAUCCCUAACACCACUGCGCUCUUUACAAAGGCACAGCCAAUCCCGUCGCAUAAAGCCAUUAACAACAUGUCAGAAGAAGAACGAGAACUCCUGGCUCGUAUCAGUCAAGUCGCGGGCCAGAUCAACCGACAUAAGAAUCAACAAGCGGGCUCUCGGGGAACUCCAAGCCAUCAUCCUGCUCAUCAUCGCCAAAACUCCUAUCGACAUGCGAGCUCACCGUACCCAGCUCGCCAUAAUAGAAUUGGCCGCCACCCCACGGCGCACCACCACCGAACCCUUCACUUGAAUGGCGACAACUCAACUGCUUCUCGUUCUGCCAGUAGUGGUGCUGAAACACCCCCUGGUUGGGUUUCCAGAACCGAUCGCCACCGUCAACUUAUUAACGCCAACGUUUACGAGAAAGAAACCCAGAAUCGCGCCAAGGCUAUCGAAGAAACACGCCAGAGAAAGAUCAGCGGACGCCGGCAGCGCGAGAAGGCUCAGUUCGACGAGUUUCUGAAGCAUCAAGCUAUCGCUUCGAGCGCGCAGACUAACCCCGCAGACCGCAAUGUGCUCACCAUCGAAGGUGUUCAAUUCCGCGUCAUCGACGGUGGCAAGAAGCUCGUCAAGAUUCCUGGUGCGUGCAAACUUCGGUGUGACUCUGGCGCUUGUGCCUUACCCGCUGCAGGUGCCCUCAACUCCUCCUUGCGAACUCCAAAGUUCACCACUGUUGCUGGAGUUAAGUUUUACCGAACAAAGACAGGAAACCUCGUUGCGAACAGAUUCGUUAACGACCAGCGGUACGAAGUUCCUUUCAAUGAGACGAAUUUGCUGACAGGGUUAAGGCGAACCGGCAGGGUCAAGAAGAUAAAUCAACUCUGUAAAAUCUUCUCAACGACUGGUAAUUUCUCAUCCCCAGGCUGGAGUGCUUCUCAUCUCCUUCACCUGGACCGGCCCAGUGGCCAUGGGGCGAAACUGACGAGUAUUUUGCACAUAGGUUCAUGCACCAAAGGCCCUCGGUGCCGCUACAUGCACGACCCGAACAAAGUGGCACUAUGUAAAGAUAUACUGAAAGAUGGGCAAUGUGUCAGCGGCGAGUCUUGUGACCUCUCCCAUGACAUGACUCCUGAGCGCACCCCCAACUGUUUGCAUUUUGCCAAAGGCCACUGUGCCAAGGCUGACUGUCCCUAUACUCACUCUAAAGCGUCGCCAGCCGCCCCAGUUUGUCGCAAUUUUGGUUUCAACGGAUACUGCGAGAAAGGAGCAGAGUGUACUGACCGGCACGUUUUUGAGUGUCCUGACUUUAGCAAUACUGGCCGCUGUAAGGUCAAGGGAUGUAAGCUCCCACACCGUGAGAGGGCAAGCGUCCUUCGAAACAAAACCAAUGCCGCUGGCGAGCCUCUUGGAGACAUUUCAAGUGAUGACGAAGCUGCUGAUUCCGACGAUGUUGAUUCAGAUGAAGUUGCCGAGUUCAUUGAUGCAGACUCGGACCUUUCCGAUUUUGAAGAACACAAGGACUUCCUAUCGAUCUAGAUCAAUUGAUCACGACUGUUUCCAGCGAGUAGAAGCAGGCAACCUCGGAUUUGAACUUGUUGUUCUUUCUUGGCGUCUGGAGACUGGGACUGGAUUAUGGUAAAUGAUUUCAAGAUACCCAUGACUUAUCGGCGCCUGCAAAGGUUUUGGCUAUCAAGUGCCACCAGCAUAUCAUGAAACAAAGGAAAAGAAACAAAAGAUGAGCAAAAGAAUGCGGUUAUUGAGAUGAACACAUCUGUGUUCAAAACAAUACCGAAGAUAGUAGAUAUGUAUUGAAUGAAAGAUUCUGUUACUGUGUA